ACAAACAUUGCAGACCUUGAUUCUUCCCUCACACCUCAAGAACGUACUCAGUUGAUGGCUGAAAACGAAACACUAUACGAGCGAUAUACCCAUAUGCAUUCCCAAAUUGAGGGACUCGAAACGCAGAUCUCCGAAAUUCAACGGCUUCAGGAAACGUUUGCCGAAAAGAUAAUGGAUCAAGAGAAGGAUAUUGAGAUUAUCAACGAAGCUGCGCUGCAUACGUCAGAGAAUUUGAAGGAUGGCAAUGAAUGGAUCCGUCAGGCGAUCAGUAAUUCAGCAGGACGACGUGUGGUUGUGCUUUUCUGUAUAAUCGUCAUCACCUUCACGCUUUUGUUCCUAGAUUGGUAUAAUCCGUAG